UGCCUCUGUGAUUUGAGCUUCUUUCCAUGUAUAGUUUCAAGAACUGUCACUUGUAUGGUUUUGGAGUGGAGGAUAAUUGGUGCCUCUUACUGGUGGUGAAUAAGCUAUGAUGGAAAACCUGUGGUCAGGGAGAGCACGCAAAGUCAUGGAUAAUUAAAAAAAACAAUGGGUUAAGAUGAAUCAUGUAGGAUGGGUAUUGAUGCAUUUCAUGUAGAUGUUAAGAGUAAAUAUGUACCUCUCUUAGCUUGAUGUUCCAUUGGAUAAGGAUAAUGCAUUGUAAGAGUACAGAAUUUGUGCUGUUGUUAAUGUGUGUUUUUAAUCAAAUCUAUUCACAGUACCCAAGGAGCAAAAUGUUUUGUCGGAAAUUAAAGUCCAUUUGUGGAAAAUCCAUUCCUUACCUUGAAUAAGAAACGGUCUUCAAAGUUUUUUUUAGCUGCCUUCUGUGGUGAAUAAAAAUGAAGAUUCUUAUAGCUAAAAUAUUGUGCCUAGUGAGUGUAUUUGUUCUGAUGAUGCUCGGAUCCCUCCUGCCUGUACGUCUAAUCCAUAUGGACCAUGCGAAAGCGUACCACUCUAAGAAGUACCUUGCCCUUUGUAAUAUGUUUGGAGGUGGAGUUUUCCUUGCUACCUGCUUCAAUGCAUUACUUCCUGCCGUACGUACAAAGAUUGAAGAUGUUCUCAAGACUGGAAACAUUGUCACUGACUAUCCCUUGGCAGAAACCAUUACACUGGUUGGCUUCUUCAUGACCGUCUUUAUUGAGCAGGCCAUCCUAGUCUUUCGAAAGGAGAAGCCUUCGUUCAUUGAUCUAGAGACAUUCAAUGCUGGGUCAGAUGCAGGCAGUGACUCUGAAUUUGAAAGUCCCUUUAUUUCUUCCCCCAGAAGCCGCACAUACUGUGAUGAACAGAACCGCCAUUCACAUAGCCAUGGGUUAAAUGUACUGGAGCUUUCACAGUCAAGUCCAUUGCGACUGAUUAGCCUUGUCUUUGCUUUGUCAGCACAUUCUAUCUUUGAAGGAUUGGCUUUGGGACUUCAGGAGGAAGGAAGCAAAGUCAUCAACCUAUUCAUAGGUGUAGCUGUUCAUGAGUUGCUGGUCGCCAUUGCUCUUGGUUUCACUAUGGCGAAAGCCUCUCUGUCUGUGAAAGAUGCAGCAAAACUGGCAGUAACAGUCAGCUUGAUGAUUCCACUUGGGAUAGUUGUUGGCAUUGGCAUACAGAGUGUUGAAAACUCUGCUAGCAGCAUUGCUUCUGUCAUACUCCAAGGCCUUGCUACUGGAACAUUCCUUUUUAUCACUUUUUUUGAAAUUCUGGCAAAGGAACUGGAAGAUAAACAUGAUCGUUUACUCAAAGUUCUCUUUUUAAUCUUGGGCUAUACCGUACUUGCAGGGCUUGUCUUCCUUAAAACAUAGGACUUGCAGAUGUGACUAAGUCUACCUUUGUUUGCAUACUCUAGAAACAGGGAUAACUGGGACCAGGAAUUAUUAUUUGGCAUUUUACAGAAAAAGGUGUUUUUAAGUCAGAUUUACCCUCUUCCAGGAACAUGGUAUUCCAGAAUGUCAUUAUGCUUUAAAUAAGUUAUUUAUUUAUAAAACCGAGUUAUGCUUUUCAUGGUUUGCUUCAAUGAAUUCCAAGUUGCACUGAGCAGCCUUUGAGGGCAUAAAAUUCUUUGCUUCUUGGAUCUCAUUUAAAUGCAUGUGGUCAGGUCUUCUUGACUUGUUUGUGAUAUGUCUUUAUCUGUGAUAGUUUUGCAGGAUGUUUGUUUUGUAUUUUCUUUUUUAGUAAAUGCAUAGACACUUUUUGUA